AUGGACUGUGGUUGUUCUUCCGCUUAUUUGGGACCAUCUCUUGACCAAACAUGCGGAGCGGGGUCCGUUUAUCUAUUUAUGACGCUCUUAGAUACAUUUAUAAGAAAUACGUGUGAAAUAUCGGAAGUAUGUGAGAGAGUGAUUCCCAAACUAAAACCGGACAAUGAAUAUGAUUUUGUUGUUAUUGGUGGAGGUAGCGGAGGUGCUACUGCUGCCGGUAAGUUAGCCCAAGUGCCAGGAUGGAAAGUUCUUCUAAUUGAAGCUGGAAAUGAUGAACCACCGGGAACACAGGUUCCAUCCAUGGUAGUGAAUUAUCAUGGUAACAAACUUGUCGAUUGGGAUUAUAAAACUGAACCGGAACAGUGGGGUUGUCAAGGAUAUCCCGAAAAAAGAUGUUCGUGGCCUAGAGGUAAAGUCUUGGGAGGAUGCAGUGUCAUAAACGGAAUGAUGUAUACUAGAGGAACGCCGAAUGAUUACGAUUCCUGGGCCGCAGCCGGUAACGAAGGUUGGAGUUACAAGGACGUCCUUCCGGUAUUCAAGAGAUUCGAAGACAACAAAGAAAUCGGAAAUCUCGUGGAUGCGGAAUAUCACGGAAUUGGAGGACCGUUGACGACAUCGAGAUUCAACGAUCAACCGGAAUUGGCCUACGAUGUUUUGAAAGCAGCCAAGCAAAUAGGGCAAAAGGUCACUAAAGAUAUCAACGGCAAAGAUUAUUCUGGAUUCACGAUUGCUCAAAGUAAUACGAGAAACGGUGCUCGUCUAAGCAGCGCUCGGGCUUAUUUAAGGCCUCAAAGGUAUAAUCGAAAUCUUCAUGUAAUGGUGAACUCAACUGCUACGAAAAUAAAUCUUAGAGUCGAUGGUAAACAAAAGAUAGUACACAGCGUAGAAUUCAUUUACGAAAAUAGAACUUAUACCGUGAAAGUGAAAAAUGAAGUGGUACUUGCAGCAGGAGCUCUGAAUUCGCCGCAGAUUCUCCUCCUCUCUGGAAUUGGACCUAAAGUAGAUCUUGAUCGGGUUGGUAUAAAACAAAUACAUGAACUACCUGGAGUAGGAAGAAAUCUCAAAAACCACGUUGCAUUUUAUAUUACCUAUUUAUUAAAAAAACAAAAAGCUUUCGUGGAUUUGGAUUGGGCGACUGCCUUAAAUUAUAUUAUCAAUAGAAAAGGACCCAUGUCGUCAACUGGAAUGUCCCAAGUGACGGCAAGAAUCAAUUCAAAAUACGCAGAUCCAAGUGGUACUAACCCAGAUCUCCAGAUAUUUUUCGCUGGUUAUUUAGCUCAUUGCGCUAAAACGGGGGAGGCUAAAGCUCUAGAGCAACCAGAUAAACCAGAAGCUUCUAAAACUCUAACUAUGUCUCCAGUUACUCUUCAUCCGAAAAGCGAAGGUUACGUAACACUUAGAUCUAAAAAUCCUUUAGAACCACCAAUUAUGGUAGCCAACUAUCUUUCAGAACCCGAAGAUGUUCGCGUUUUGGUUGAUGGUAUCAGAGUCAUUCAGCGAUUGAUGAAUAGCACAAUUAUGAAAGAGAAGUAUGGACCAGAAGAGAUUAAAGACGAUUAUGGACCCUGUGCCUCAAAAUUCAGCUACGACUCAGAUGAUUUUUGGGAAUGUGCGGUGAAAUAUUAUACAGGAGCUGAGAAUCAUCAAGCGUGUUCAUGUAAAAUGGGACCGUCCACUGAUCCAAUGGCAGUUAUCGACAGCAAACUAAUGGUUCAUGGUAUAGAUGGUAUCAGAGUGAUGGAUGCUUCAGCCAUGCCGAUACUUGUAUCAGGAAAUACUCAUGCCACUAUAGUGAUGAUGGCCGAAAGAGGCGUUGAUUUUAUUAAGGAACGGUGGUUACCUAAAUACUUUAUGAAUGAUUUAGAUUUCCAAAACCGAUUUGGUGGAAGUAAUUCAGCAAUAGGCAACAAACCUCCUUUUGGUGGAGCUGACAAAAUCGACGGUAAUCAUCAUCCGCAUUUCAACAGAUUUGGUAAAAGUAAUACUCCAAGAUCCCAUUAUCCAAACUGGGGACACCAUCAUCAUAACUUUUUUAAUGAUGGACAUGACUUUCAUUUCUUUUCUGAGAAUAACAAAAAUAAUGGAGGUAAUAAACUCCUUUGA